GGAGCUGGUGAGAAACGUGCACUGCGGCGGGUCGCGAGAAUUCCGGCGGUGUUACCCAAUAUAAUAGAAGAGAUGAAGGCGUACGUUUUUGUACGUACAAAAAUUAUCCAGUAGGCGGGCCAAAAUCUGUGUCACAACGGAAAUCCCGAAAAAACAAUAAAGACCAACCAAGAAUUUCCAUCGAUCAAUCGGUUUAUGGAAUCAGGUGAACCAUAACGAGUCUUGGGAGUUAAUCGUGCGUAGAGCGUCAUGGACUUCAUCGCGAGCAUAAUGAAAAGGCCCAAGAGCAUCGCCACCACUGGCAUAACCAGCACUCAGGCAACGGCGAUGGAAGCAUCAAAAGAGGAGCAUCCUUUUUCGAAGCACAGUGGCACUGCCACCACUCAACCAGCGGCCACGGAAACACAGGAAGCUGAGCAUCCUUCGCACCUAGGCACUCUUCUAGAGUCUGCCGCAGAGGAUCUACUGCAAUUGGAGGAACAGCACUGCAGUCUCCUGAAUGAGACCAUUUCAAUUCCACUUGCUGCAGCCGAAAACAGCAGUAGUAGAGAAACUAUCCAGCAACUCUUAAGCGAGAUAAAUGUGAAUCUAAAUCAAGUCAGUGCUAACGAAAUGGAGCACUUACAGGCUAUGAGUGGCGAGAUAAGUCCGCUGUCGGUGAAGCCCAGUCACAAGCCAUCAAGCAUGGAUCAACAGAAGGCUCUGGCCGCUGCUAUCGGACACCAGACGGUGGUAACAGGUUGUCCUAAGCUGGAUGUGGACGCGGUUCCUAAAUUCGGAGGUCUUCCCGAGUUUGAUGAGACGCAAAUACCGGAACUGGCUCCUUUAAGUGCCGAAAUGGAGGCUCAAACAAAGUCGAACCAUUCGGACUCGGACGUUUUCGUGGAGUGCUUAUUGCUUCACAGUGAGCGGUACACGGGAGAUCGCUCUGAACUUGAGGCAUAUUCAAGUGCCCUUAACGAUGUGCUGGAGCAACAGUUAUCCAUGACCUCUGCUGCUACAUUGGAGAAUGAAUUCGAAGAUCCUUUGGCUGUCAGCCAGCACAACAACGUCAGCUAUGAAGCCAUGGAUGUGGACGAUAUCAACGAAACUAUGGAAAUGUUAAAGGAUGUGUUGGAUGCCGAAGAUCACGAGCUAUUACAACAGAAAAUUCUUUGCAAAACUCAGCCAGUCUUAGAUAUGAAUCUUAUGGAGGGUCAAGGGAAACAGGAGCAGGAGAGAAUAGAAGGGUCCUCUGUUCCUCAAAAACAGCUGGACACAAAACAGGAAUUUCAAAGUCGAAAGGAAGGAUCGCCUCCAAGAGCAUCAGGAGACUCUGAGCAUGAUAAUGAAGCAUCCCAAGGGAUAGAUUUCGAUUUCCCCAGCGACCAAAAGAAUGAAGAGUUCGAGAAGGAGGAAGAGACACAGGAGAAGGCAGCACUGGAAACAAAGCAAGAAAGUUCCAAAGAAGUAUUACAUAUACUGCAAGCACAAGAUCAUCAUCAAGAUCUGCCUUUAAAUUUUGAAGAGCAUUCAGGAGGAAUAUCGGAAGAUGCAAGAGCGUCACUAGGGAACUCUCAUGAAGACCCCAAAACUUCGGAGUCAGUAGAUACAAUAACAAGAUCUGAAAGAACAGAAACAAACCUCUGCCUUGAACAAAACGCGUCACCUGCCGUGGAAGCCACAGAGGACAGACUAACUGCGGAGGAGUUUGAGCCUAUGGAAGUGGACGUCUCCAUGAAAGUGGAUGAUGCAUCGGUGAUAAGGUCACCUCGGCAGAAACAAGUGGAAACGCAGGCACCUAUUUCAACCACACCUCCUCUAAAUGUUUUUGAUGCAAAAGAAACGGUUUUAUCAAAACAACCUCUUCAGAAUCAAUAUAAUCUAAAUGUGGAGCCACCACCAGCUCCUCUAUCACCGCCCAUACCAACGCCUCCAGCCAAAAGGGAGGAGUUGGCUGUUUCUCCGCCCAUACCCACUCAUCGUCCGAAGACUGCCGAAGAACUAGAAUUUUUGACUCUAAGGGAGUUGCCCUUGCCUGAUGAUUUAAGUUCUGGGGAAUCUAGCAACAUGAAAAUGAAGGUAAAAGAGUUGGAGAAGGUGGGAGUGAAGGAGCAACAAAAACCAGUUGUGGUAGUAACACCAACCCAAACACGAUCUACGACGCCCUUAUCUUUGGAUCUUGGAGGUAGUAUCACGAAGACCUGCACCCCGGAACCGACCUCGCCUAGUUUCCCCAUCAGAGGACCAGCGAAAAGACCUUCCCACUUCCCUCGCUCGCCUCAUGCUCUCCCAGACCUGGAAGAUAUGCCCUACUUGGAGGAGGCUGUGGUUGAACCAUCAUUGGAUCGCAAGCAAAGCGUUUUCGGAGCUGGAGUUAUCGCUAAGUCAACGGUGGCUAUUGAGGUAACACAUCCGAGUCCGGAGAAGCAGGGACUUCUGAACGAAACCUUGCCUAUGAGCGAGCACUCGCCCACGCUCUUAAAUGGAACCUUCGACAGCGGCAAGGUAAGGGAUGCCAAAUUAGAGGCGGAUACAGCAGAGUUUGAGGGUUCCCCCACUUUUGCUGGAAGUCUUAAAUCGGUCGGGGAUAAUCAGCGACGAACUUUUUCGGUAAUUCAAUCAACUGCGGAAAAGGAAGAGGAGAAAUCUCGUGGGGCUUUCUGUAAGGAAAAUCCACGCCGCACCUUCUGCUUGGAGCAAAAUGCAUCGCCAGCAAUAGAGGCUACUGAGGAUAUUGUUGCUGGUGAGGUCAUGGAUGUGGAUGUUUCCAUGAGGAUGGAUGAGGUAACCGUAAUUAAGUCACCACAGAAAAAUUGGAAAGAAUCCCAAGCACCAGUUUUAAAUUCGCCACCGAUUCCCACCUACCAAAAUCUCAAAAGACCCGCCAUUCAUGAGAAGCACUCUCCGGUAUCGCCGCCCGGGAACGCUACCGUUGUCCUAGAGGAGCAAACCCUGUCCGCUAAGGAACAGGCCACACUAUGUGCCAGCGAUGAAAAGGACGAUGUGUUUAUAGAGCACUUUGGUGCCAUAUCUCCUGUUUCGGAUGACAUGUUCAAAACCCCGCAGUUUACCAGCAGCGGCUUUAACAACCAAGCGAAGAUUAAGGCGAGUUCUGCUGGAGAAACAGGAAAAGCAGUUGGCGAGGAGGGGCCGGUUCUUGAUGCAGAGUUCCGGGAUGGCGCCAGCAACCAAAACUUAAUACUGAACUCAUCAGAUUUUGAUUAUUUGUACACGAAAGGCAGCAAUAAUGCCCCCAUCGACCGUAGUUCGCUGCUGCUGAAGUUUGAUCCCCUUCUUGGAGCACCCGUGCCCGUUAAUCAUCUCAAUCAGCAGGAGCAGGCUCUGCUGAACAUUUUGGGAGCAAACCAGAAUAGGAUCCUCAGUCCCACAUUGGAGGAGCACGAGACAAGUGGGGGCAACCAAUCAUUUGGAGUAGUAUCGAGUGCCAAAGAUACCGCGAAGAAAUUGGACUUUAAGCCGCCUGUGGAUAGGACAAAAAAGCAUGUUAAAAUGAGUGUGGACGUCAUUGAUAACGAUUGCAACAAAACCUUCGAUAAUUCCAACCUGAACACGGAGGAUAAGAACAUAAACUACAACAACAUGGAUGAGCUAGAGAAGAAAAUAAAAAACGAAGUGACCCGGUCGGAAGACAUUGAGAAGAAGCUGAAGGAAGGAGAACAACGCGAGGAAGCGCUGAUUAAACGUAUAACAGAAAAAGAUAAAAUAAAUGCAAAACUAAACGGUGUCAUCGAGGCCUAUGAGAAGGCCAUCGCGGAGCUGAUCAGUGAAAAGGAGCAGCAAGCGCAGCUCCACGAGAGGCAGUUACAGGAAGUGCAAGCAGACCGGGACGCCAAUUACCACCACUUAACGUCGCUGGAAACGACAUUCUCCGAUCUGCAUGUAAAAUACGAAAAGAGCAAAGAGAUGACCACACAGCUCAAAAACAACGAGGAGUCUCUCCUGGCGGAGCGAAGGCAGAUGAUGGACAAUCUGCGGUUGCAGGAACAACGUUACGACAAGAUGAAAAACCAUGCAAUGCAACAACUGGAAAUGGCCAACAAAAAGCUGGACACCUACGCGAGGGAACAUGCGGACGAGUCGAAAAAACUGAAAGCUUUACUGAAGAAGGAGGAGAUCUCUCGGGUAUCGAUGACGGAGCAGCUGCAGCAAAAGUCGCGCGAGAACGCCGACCUACUUAAGAUCUGCGAGGAGCUCAUCUACGGCAAGGGACAAGGUGGUAGUAGUUAAACUCAACCCGUGGAUUACCCGGAAUGUAUUUUAUAUGUUGCUGUAAAAUCGCACACACUCGUCACAACAUCUCUCAUCAGGCAUGUGGAGCCCAUCUCGCAGCAUGUCCGUAGAUCCGUAACUGCGCCUCCAUCAUCACCUCCAUUUGUAUCAUGGUGUAAUAACUGCUCGGUAGCGUGCUCUUAAGUGAAUAAGAAAAUGCGAAUGCACAAUUGUAUCAUUUUGCAAACUUCGUUAAUGUUGAACUUAAAGAUAAACACCUAACGUUCCGACGAAUAUUAUACUUUUUCUAGAUUUUUAGUUGACCCGUAAACACUCACACACACAAGUCACAGGCAGACCCAUUGCGUUCCAUUUGGGUGCCCCCGCCUUACGGGUCUGGUCCCGGCAUAUAUUACUAUUUCUCUAUCGUAUCGAAUCUGUCUACUGAUUUAUGUUCUUUGAUAUUACAUGGCGAUAAGUUGUGCCGGAAAACUGUGUUUCAUUUGUGGUUUAGCAAAUGGCCAGCGAAGAAAAUCAAUAAUGUGCUACGGCAGCUAAAUCAACAUACAAAUGGAAAUGAUAAAGAACAGCGUUCGCUUCAGGCGAGCCUUUAUUUAAUGUUUAAGUUUGAACAUAGUUUAAUUUAAUCGAAAAUUUGUAAAAGUCGUACUAAGAAUAUCUCUGUAUUACAUACUAGUACUAAACGAGGAAAACCUAAGAAACAAAACAGAAACAUUUAAAAUACACGCAAAAAAUUUAUUUAUGCAUAAAACUAAAUUUUUGUUUGCUUUUUUCGACGCUUCAAUAGUAUAUUGCCUUGUACUGGGUGAGGUUGCCUAACAUAGGAGAGUUACAUACCCCAAUUCAACCCCGCACCCCAAACAAAAACCAAUAAAAAUAUACAUAAAUACAAAUUUUAAUUAACAAAAUUAUUAUUCAGCUUAAAAUUUGAUGAAUUUAUUUACUUAUUUUUUGUAGAGGUUCAGAAGUGAAUGUAAAAUUACAAAUUAAACUAAGUUUGUAACAUGAUGGGUUACUCCGGAUUUUAUCCUCAUUUAUUUAAAAAACACGAUCCCAAUGAACCCGUUGAGAACUCUUAAUGAAUUUUACUUCCAUAAAUGACAUUUACCGUACUUUAAGAACAAAAUUGUUAAUCACACUAGUGAGGAGUGAAGAAAAACAAGCGAGAAUUGUAUACAAAUUUAUACCCAGUCCAUAUAAUCUGAAAAUGCUACUUCAUAAUAUAUAACAGCAUACAUAUAUAUUUUUCUAAAGUAGAACGAAGAGAACUACACUCAGACACAAAAAUGCGCUUUAAAAGAAAGAUUCUAGAGAAAGCCGAGGGUAAAUAUUGUAGUUUGACAUUUGAAACGAAAGUUUAAUAUAUCAAUGCGCUGUAUAAACACAUAAAUAGUAUUAAAACAUGGCAGCACAUAUGACUUACGAUGUGCUGAGCAGUGUUGUACGUAAAAACGAUUGAACGAGUUGCAUUCAAUAAAUAAAGUAUGUAAUUGCAAUGAA